CGCUUAGUUAAUGGCUUUAAUUGACACUCAGCAUAUAUGGCACAAUUAACCUCUUGUCUCUGUGGCUCAGCAUUAAUAUGGGCAGUGCUUUUAGUAGGAUAACAUGUGGUGAGGAUGCAACAGAUGGACAAACAGAGAUUCCGCAGAAACUCCAGCGUCAUUAAAGGCUAUAUGGAAACGCAGAACAAUAUACGUUUUGGGGGCCAAGUUUCCAUUUCUACUCCUCCGGAUGUAGACCGUGUACUUAGGUUUCAUUUCUAGACAGAGCUUUUUGGUCUCUCUUCCCUGCCGUGGGUAUUUACGCGUAGUUUCUCCUUUAAGAAAAUCGUGAAUGAAUUUGAGCCGCUCCGCGCUGACGUAAGAGAGUUGGAGAUGUUGGUGUACCCUGCAGGAAGAGGCAGAUAACCGUGAUGAGGACCAGGAGGGGGUACCAGAUUUUUCUAGCAUUGUUUUCUCCCAGUCAUUAAUUGUGUUUUAUUAUCUCUACACCCACAUCCAGUGUUUAGGUGGAAGUUUUCUGUGUAAAUAUAACAGUGCCAUUUAAGACCUCCGCCCUUUUUUUUUCUGUACACCAAGGAGGUUUUUAUAGAUUUUAUACCUCAUUUUGCUUGUACAGUGUUCAAAGUGUGUCGAGAUGGAAGUACAAAACUCCUCUAGGCGGACGUGGAUGAACUAGAAUGAUACUGGAUAUUUUCUGGGGCAGAGACUGAUGACAUUUGCUCUGCCACUGUUGGCUUUUACAGAAAAAAAUGCAUCAUAACCAAGAGGAACAGUCGGUAAAUCAAAUUACUGCGCAGCACGGGACAGCGCGCCACAGCGACUCCAGCAGCCUGGGAAGCAGCUUGGGCAGCGGCCUCACUGACAUCCAGCCUCCUGCUUACUCUAAGCUGGAGUUCAAGAGACAUGCAGUGACAGAUGACUAUAAAAUCACCGCUCAGGUUCUUGGCUUGGGAAUAAAUGGCAAAGUGCUGGAGUGUUAUUGCAAGAAGACAGGAGAGAAAUGUGCCCUCAAGGUUCUGUAUGAUACCCCUAAAGCCCGGCGUGAGGUGGAGCUGCACUGGCGAGUCUCCGGUGGUCCCUAUGUUGUCCGGAUACUCAGCCUGUAUGAGAACAUGCACCAGGGGAAGAAAUGUCUCCUCAUCAUAAUGGAGUGUAUGGAGGGAGGGGAGCUGUUCAGUCGCAUUCAGGCCAGAGGGGACCAGGCCUUCACAGAGAGAGAGGCGUCAGAGAUCAUGCAUGACAUCGGCACGGCCAUAGAGUACCUCCACCACAUGGACAUCGCUCAUAGGGAUGUAAAGCCUGAAAACCUGCUCUACACCACCAAGGAGAGUAACGCUAUACUAAAACUGACUGACUUUGGCUUUGCGAAGGAGACGACACUGCACAAUUCCCUCCAAACUCCCUGUUACACUCCUUACUAUGUCGCCCCAGAAGUGCUUGGGCCAGAGAAAUAUGACAAAUCAUGUGACAUGUGGUCUCUGGGCGUCAUCAUGUACAUUCUGCUUUGUGGAUUUCCUCCGUUCUACUCAAACACAGGCCAGGCCAUCUCUCCGGGCAUGAAGCAGAGGAUCAGAUUGGGCCAAUAUGAGUUCCCCAACCCUGAGUGGGCUGACGUUUCUGAGGAAGCCAAACAGCUCAUCAUUCAGUUACUGAAGACAGACCCCAAUGAGAGGAUGACCAUUGGACAGUUCAUGAACUAUCCCUGGAUUAGUCAGUCAAUGGUGGUCCCUCCAACUCCUCUCCACACCUCUCGUGUUCUGACAGAGGAUAAGGAGCUUUGGGAUGAUGUGAAGGAGGAAAUGACCAGUGCUCUGGCCACCAUGCGUGUUGACUACGACCAGGUGAAGAUCAAAGACCUGGACACGUCCAACAACCCUCUGCUCAACAAGAGACGCAAGAGGCCCAUACCUGGAGGAGCUGAAAGGGGAGGAGAUGGAGAUGAAGUAGUGUGUAAUAGUAAUAGAUAAGUCACAUUUUCUGGAAAACAUGGGGAAAUGAUUAUUGGACAGAAGUAGUGUAAAACUAUGAAAGCCAGAGUUAUUAUUAUUAGCAAUAUUUUCCCAUCUACAUGCCACUUGAUGUAUUUUACUUACUUUUUUUCUUUCUUCGUAUCACUGCACUCAAUAGUCUUAAGAAUGUUGUGUAUUUUGAUUGUUACUGUUUUUUAUGUUUUACAACUGUGUCGAGUCACUUUUGUAUAUGUAAAUCUUAUUUUACACUUGGAAUUAUAAAACCUCACCUGGCAAUGAAAGAAAAUUGUUCCUCCUGCUGUAAACAAUGAAGGACGUUAUAAAAUGUAUGUACUAGACAAGGUUACAUUCAAUUAAUAAUUCUUCUGUUGGGGACUUUGAUGAUGGUCAAUAAUGUAAUGCACAAAGGGACAUUAAAACCAUGAGAGGUCAAAGUGUUAACAUGCCUCUUGCACAAAGAAAUCUAUCAAAAUUACCAGAUAUUUCCACACACUUGAAAUGUUUUGCUUUGAAAGCCUCUUCUAAGCCAUUAACACCAUCUAAUAUAACUCAAAAAGUUUUAUGCUGCAAGAGAAGUGAUGUUUCAGCAAUGUUUGUACAUGCAAACUAACAGCUGGUACCUUUAACAACAUACAGUUUGAAUACAUAAUGUUAACAAAUGUCUUUUUGCUAUCUU